AUGUUCAAAUCGCCAGCAUUUAGAACUUUUGUCAGAAACAUGUCGAAAUCAGAUUCAGAAUGGAGAGCUAUUUUAUCGCCAGAACAAUUCCGUGUAUUACGACAAGGCGGAACAGAAGCUCCAUACACUGGUGAAUAUACAAAUACCCCAGCUUCCGAUAUAGGUUAUUAUGAAUGUGCUGGUUGCAAGUUUCCAUUGUACAAGGCCAACACAAAAUUCAAAGCCCACUGUGGCUGGCCAGCUUUCUAUGAAGCCCUCCCUGGAGCUAUAAAAAUUUAUAGAGACGAAUCACACGGUAUGAUUAGGGAAGAAAUGAGAUGCUCAAACUGCGACGGACAUCUAGGUCAUGUAUUUAAAGGUGAAGGCUAUAAGACUCCUACAGAUGAAAGACACUGUGUGAACAGCGUCUCAAUAAAAUUCAAUCCACAGGAUCCGCAAACCUAA